AUGGCUGAAAAUUGGAAAAAAUUGUAUAGACGAUGGCAAGAACAACAUAAGAAACUCAAAGCUCGUUAUAUAUCUUCGUCUUUGCCAAUAUCAUCAACACAACAACGUGAAACAUUUCGAUCAUUUCGUAUUAAACGUCUUACGACAACUACUGACACCAAAUUUGAAUAUAAACGACAAUCAUUAGAUGUUACAUACAAUCAAACAUCAAAUUUUUUUACUAAUAUUCGAGAUAGUUUCAAAAUUCCAUCAACAAAAUUAAGAACGAAGUCAAUAAUAGUUGGCUCAGUUAAUUCUAAUCAUUUUUUGCAUGAACAAAUAAAUCCACGUUAG